AAAAAUUUGUGAUAAUAUCACGAAAAAUAAUAAAAAAUUUCGCGACUAUAUCACGAAACCAUGUGAGACUGGGUAGGAGAGAGAUGAACACACAUAUAAUGUGAUGUUUCUUCUAAGCAGUUUCGACAUCUUCCUUCCUCUUUCUAAACCAGACAUAAACACGCACACAACAGUGUAUUUUUUCAUUUUGUCACGAAGCGUUCAUCAGCUUUUAUGAGAUUUAGCAGUUUGUCGUUUCAGAUUUCUGGACUGAAACCGCUGGAGAAAAUGAAACAAUUUCUGAUCUGUUUGUUGAUGUGGCAUCUGACUGGUGUGUUUGGUGAUGAAGUGAAGUCAGUGUCAGUGAUGGAGGGAGAUUCUCUUACUCUACACACUGAUAUUGAAAUAAAGAUAGAUGAUCACAUACUGUGGAGGUUUGUAACUGGGAACGCUACCAUUGCUCACAUUUUUAAAGCGUUGAAUAGACUCACAAUAUAUGAUGAAGUUCUUGAUGAGAAAUUCAUAGACAGACUGCAGGUGAAUAAUCAGACUGGAGAUCUCACCAUCACAAACAUAACAACCGAAGACUCUGGACUUUAUGAAAUAGUUAUUAGAAACACGGAAACGACCUCAUACAGAUUCAGAGUUACUGUCCAUGCUCAUCUGCCCGUUCCUGUAAUUACCAAAGUCUCUUCACAAUGUUCUUCAUCAUCAUCAUCAGUCUCAAACUGUGUGUUGUUGUGUUCAGUGUUGAAUGUGACAGAUGUGAGAGAUGUAAGUCUGUCCUGGUACAAAGGAAACAGUUUAUUGUCCAGCAUCAGUAAAUCUGAUUUCAACAUCAUACUCUCUCUACCUCUGGUGGUUGAAUAUCAGGAUACAAACACAUACAGCUGUGUACUCAACAAUACCAUCAGUAAUCAAACUCAACAUCUCAACAUCAAAUAUGUCUGUCAGAUGUGUUCAGACUCUGUCAAUUCUUGUGCUACGACUGAAGCUGUGAUCCGAUUGGUCGUCUCUGCUCUGGUGGGCGUGGCUGCUGUAGCUGCUUCUGUUGUUUUGAUUUAUGACAUCAGAUCCAGAAGAGAUGAACAGAAGAGAAGAUCAUAGACAUCAGC